CCAGACCGGAUCAUCAUGAGGAACCAUUAUGCCUUUGGCAAACAUGCUGUUUCUUACAUCUUCUCAUCCCAUUAUCUGUGCACCAAGCACCAUGUCCUACUAUGUGGUCUGGGAGCACCCAGAGAAGGAACAGGGCAGAAGCAGCUUCCAGAACAGCAGUAUGCAAUUACUGCACAGUGCUGUGACAAGAGAAAAUCUGAGUCCUUUCCCCAGAGAGAACCGUUACUGAGUUCAGUGCUGAAGAAGCCACUUAAGUUCUAGAACCCAAAUUAUCCACCUGACCCAAGGCACGCGGACCUUCCGGAACACCGUGAUUCUGACCUCUGCCAAUGAAAGGAACGACAGAACUCAUUUCAGCCAAUCAGAAACCAGAUGUAUUAUUUCUAUGGAAUAGCCUAAUACCAGACUCUAAGUCACAAAGUGCUGGCUGAGGAAAAGACCGUGGAAUUGAAGCUGGAGUAGCCCGUGAACUGUGCCUUGGCUUCCAACAGAAGGCGGCUGAAUCAGAGGGCACUCUGCAGCACGCCGCCCCGGGAAGCAGCGAGGGCAGUUCCCCAGUCUCCAGCUGGAGAAAUCCAGGGCAAGCAAGAGAUGCAGAAAAGAGAACUAAAGGUUUCUGUCCCCAAAUUUGGCAAGAUUCCUUGGCUUAGUGAGGCCAGCCUCGUGAACAAGCCGUUAGUGCUCAGCCUCCCCAAAAGAUAUCCUCAUGCCUCUGCCACUUUUCUGAUUUCAUCCAAGAAGGAUAUGAAUUUGCCUAUUUUGUUUCAAGUUCCAGAUGUCUUAUCUAAGGCCAGGAGGCUCCAGAGUAGCCCCGUGCUGAUCAGAAACAAGCACCUGUGCUCCACAUGUCAAGAGAUAAAAAUGGUACAACCAAGAACUGUGAUAAUCCCUCAUAAUCUGAAACCAUCCUUUGAGAAUUUUAUGAGUCAUAGAAUGAUGAAUCUUCAUCCACCAAAUGCCCAGACUGUAGCCAAACAUUCCCAUAAUGACAUCUCAACAGAGAGUGUCCACUACAGACUGCCCAUUCUGGGCCCCAGGACAGCUGUCUUCCACGGACUGCUGGCGGACACCUACGCAACCACACAGGAGACACGACUCUCCUCCUUGCCCAGGAAAGAGCCAGUGGGCAAGACAAUGAGGCAAUGAAUGAAUGGUCGGAGCUCAUCACCUUCCGGACUCACAAAGAGAAAACAAGUUAACCAAGCCAGUUUCUAACAGAUUAGCCUAAUUUCCUCCUGUCACCAAAAAGGUGACUCACUUUUGCUUUCUUGAGAGUUGCUCGAAUUCUAGCUCCUGCCACUGUCUUCUCACUCACUUUUCCUAAAGACAAGUGGUUUAAUUUCCGUGACUGUAAAAGUUAACCGAUUAAAAUGGAACAUGUUGAGUGUCAGUUUUUUUUUUACGAUUUGUAACUGUGUUGUGGUGGACAGCAUCCUUCUGUUUCUAAGAUUUGGGUUUUCUUGCAAAUUAUUCCAGCUCUUCCUCAGGGCAGGGGGCUGGAGAUGGCUCCCGGAGGUCUCUUGUGAGUUCAACCUAUUGUGAAUACAGGAGAGAAAUGGAGCUCACCCUCCUGUCCUUACCUCUGUCAGUUAAGUGGUAGAUGACAGGAGACUGUGACGUAAUGGGAAAAUGGCAAGUGAUUAGUGACUACAACUCCCCAGGACAGGACACGUGCCUUGUCUCGCCCCACCUCGUUUUAGUGCCCUGUGUAUUACCGGAUACUCAUCUGAUCUUUGCUCACUCAUAUCUAAAUCACGUGCUUGCAUUUUGUUCUUUGGUUACUUUGGUUUGAGAGUGUCUACCUUCAGCUCUGUCUUGGUCCACGUGUCAGCAAUGUGAGGGAGACAGAGGAAAACUCUAGGCUUGCAAAUAUUGUAUUUAUAGGCACAAAUGCUCCACAUCCAGCUUAAGGACAGCUCCUAUAAAAAGGGUCUCUUCCAUUCCUUAGGAUGCAGUGGGCUUGUGGAAUCCCAGGACCCUGGCUAAAUGGACACUGGGCCCACAUGUGAGAACCAGAACCAGCCUCUGUGCUGACUGCAUUUGAAGAAUGGGCUUCAGGAAUCUUUACCAAAUGGCCUGGGACCUAAAUUGACCUCAGUUCUUAAACACACACACACACACGCACACACA